AUGGGGGAAUGGACGAUACUGGAGAGGCUUUUGGAAGCUGCUGUACAGCAACAUUCAACCAUGAUCGGCAGGAUUCUUCUGACCGUGGUGGUGAUCUUCCGGAUAUUAAUUGUUGCCAUCGUCGGGGAGACGGUGUACGAGGAUGAGCAGACCAUGUUCAUGUGCAAUACUCUGCAGCCUGGUUGCAACCAGGCCUGUUACGACAAGGCUUUUCCCAUCUCCCACAUCAGGUAUUGGGUCUUCCAGAUAAUCCUGGUCUGCACACCCAGCCUCUGCUUCAUCACCUACUCCGUCCACCAGUCGUCCAAACAGAAGGACAGACGUUUCUCCGUGCUGUAUCCCCUCCUGGAUCAGGAUUACUCCAGGCCGCCCUUGGAAAGAAACGAGGACAAGAAGCUCCGAAGCAACACGAUCAACGGGAUCCUCAUCCAGAACCCGGACGGGUUGACCAAGGAAUUGGAACCCGAUUGCCUGGAAGCCAAGGACAUCCCCCAUGUUUCCAUGAGGACCAGCAUCAAAAGCUCGAAGACUCGACGGCAGGAGGGCAUCUCCAGGUUCUACAUUAUCCAGGUGGUCUUCAGGAACGGGCUGGAGAUGGGCUUCUUAGUGGGACAGUAUUUUCUGUACGGUUUCAAUGUGCCAGCCAUCUUCGAGUGCGACAGGUACCCUUGCGUCAAGGAGGUGGAGUGCUACGUGUCCAGGCCAACUGAGAAGACGGUCUUCCUGGUCUUCAUGUUUGCCGUGAGCGGGAUCUGCGUGGCUCUCAACCUGGCGGAGCUCAACCAUCUGGGAUGGCGUAAGAUCAACGCGGCAAUCAGAGGGGUGCAGGCCCGGAGGAAAUCCACUAGCCAGGUCAGGAAGAAGGAACCAUCCCGUUUGGGCCACCAGGCACGAAGCCUCGGGAGGACACAAUCCAGCGAGUCCGCGUACGUCUGAGCUGCAGAUGCCUGGUCCCGUCCAAAACCCGUAGGGAUCGGGGCGCUUGACCUGGAG